AUGGAAAGUGAUGUGUACUUCACUGUUGCAGAAGUUGUGAAAGCAGAGUUACACAAUGAGGUCUCCAAACUGACUGAUGACGAGGUGUGUGUGUUAUUUUGUUUUCUGUGUUUUGACUCCGGUCCUCCUGACUUCAGUAACACAGAGUUGCUGGGCUUGCUUAAAGAGAUACGACGGAUAGUGUGCCGUAAACAUAAUCCUGUAACAAGUGAGGAAGCACAGCAGACUCUGGACAGACUGAAGUCACGUGAUUACCUUUGGGAAGAUAAGGACAAGAUAACGAAGGACACAAAGGAUGAGACAAUGUAUAGGAUAGCAUCAAUAAAGUAUCAUAUACCAUUCUAUUACAGUAGUUAUGACACAGCCAGUGUGUACCUGAGAUCAGAGAGAUACAACAGUAAACCUGGAGAGAAGUGUUUCUGUGGUGGUCCUUCCUCUCAUUACGGAAUGAGUACUGGUAACUCUGAUGACUUACUGCUUGCUGGUUACUCUGAUUACUCACUGAUACGCCGUCUACAGAUGAACAUACUGACUCACGUCACCAUGGAGGACACGACUAUAUAUGAUGACAUACACCAGAUAUUAAAUGUUUCAGUUAAUAUACUAAAGAAGGGUGAAGAUAAAAGAGAAGAAUUUCUAAUGGAUCUAAGAAGAGGAGGGGAGGCUGUACAUUACAGAGGAAGAUCACAGGACAGUGUAGAUCACGUGACAUGGCUCCGGAGAUACCUGAGACCUGACAUUGUGAGAUCCUGUAUAGGCCUCCAUCCACACUGGGACAUUUACGUCAUCGACAACAAAGCUUACAGAAAACGAGCUAAAUACCAUACCUAUUCACCGAAAGUCAGAUGUCUACUGUACUGCUUACUGUUAACUGAGAAAUAUCAACUGAAUCUCAAUGAACAAUCACACAGAAUCACAAGGGAAAAAAUCAGAGACAGGUAUUUCACUGAUAUCACUGAUGACGGCUUGGUAGAUCUUCCUGGUGGAAUCACAGAAACACAUAAUGGUGUGAUAACCUUUACAUCAGACGACAUCCGACAUGACGUCAUGUCCGCCUUUGUUACGGAGUGUUUGGUGGAGGACAGUGAUCUGGAGUUUUUCCUGACCACGGCGUCACGUGACGUGAUCUCAGAAUACUGCAGGUCCUGGGUUUAUAAGAGGAGUGAGGGAGAGAGAUGUCUGUAUGUACCACCCAGUCCGGAGAUGAUGUACAACUUCUUCAUAGACAAACUGCAGCUAGACAUCAUCACACACUGUACCGUGUCUGACAGGGGGAUUCAUGACAGGAUCAGUAAACGUUUGGGAGUCCCUAGAGAAAUACUGAAAUGGGACCAGGAGGCCAGAGAGCGGUAUGUGGAGUACGCUAAGAGAGGAACACAGACGGUCCACCAUGCCCGGGGGAUGAUUGUAGGAUGUGCUGGGGCGGGGAAAACUACGCUACUUAAACGUCUCCUUGGUUGUAGUGAAGAGGAGAUUAAGGAAGUUAAAUCUACUGAGGGAUUGGAGGUGCAUGAGGAAAUAUUUGAAUUAUGUGAUGAAACAAAUUCAUUAAAAGCAAGGAGAAAAUACGAAGACCAAAAAAAUUUAGAAAAUAAUGCUAAAAAUCUGGAUGCAAAAACAUUGAGUUUCUUUGACUUUGGAGGACAGUGUGCAUACUACGCCUGUCACCAGAUUUACCUGACCAGGAGAGCUUUCUAUGUUGUGGUGUUGGACGCUUCUAAAUGUCUUGACCAGAAGGUGGAUAAAAGUGUAUGUGAUCAAGAUGGAAGCGUUUUCUCUGGAUGGACAUAUGGAGACUACUUUGUAUUCUGGCUGAAGUCUAUACAUACCUACUGUGGUUCCGACAAUGAAAACGACCCAAGGCCUGUAGUUCUAAUAGUAGCGACUCAUUGGGAGGAAGGAAGCAGACAGUUCAAAGACAAGGAUGAACUUAUGGAGAGUCUACGAAAUCAGCUUCCUAAGCGAUCUAAUUUAUCACAGUACAUCAGAAAAGAUAGAUUUCAUUGUACACAGCUAUCUUUACCUCUUUAUGAUUUAGAAAGAAGCUUUUACGACAUCGCUUGUCAUCAACGAUGGAAAGAAAGUAUUCCGAAAGAAUGGUUUUUCUUUCAAAUAGAAAUCAACCAGACAAAACAUUCAAAGCGAAUUAUUGACAUCUCUAAAAUAACAACAAAGGUUGCAGAGACUACUGCUGAUUAUCAGAAAAGCUCAAAUGAAUCAUCAAAAGAGAAGCUAGAUAUGCUACGAUACUACCAUGAUGCUGGGAAAGUUCUCUAUUUCAACGAAGCUGGUCUCAGUGAACGCUUGAUUAUUGAUAUCCAAUGGUUUAUUGACGCCUUUAAACAUAUCAUCACAGACAAACUACAUUUCGAGGGUAUACCUGGGAACGAGGAGGACUGGGAUGAAUAUUAUGUAAGUGGAAAUUUGAGAAACAAACUUCUAGAAAAGAUUUGGAAACGUAAGGACGAAGAACUACUUGAAAGACCGAAAAGAGAGAAUGAGAAAUACGAAAUUUUUCUGGGCGCUUUUAAGCAUGAAGAACGGUACCUUGAAUAUCAUCAGGAGUCACUUCUCAAUUUUAUGCAAAGGCUUGGUUUACUGGUUGUUGGUAAAGAAUCCCAUUAUGUUCCAUGCAUGAACCGAAAAGAAAUGGAGUCAGUCGUCCCAGAUCUUAUCCGUCGAUCGGAAAGUAAAUCAUCUGUUCUCAUUUAUCAAUUUACAUUUCUACCUUUUUUCUUCUUUUUUCGUCUUGUUGUCGCUUGUAUGCAAGAAAAAAAUUGGAAAGUGCUUAAAACGCACGACACACCAUGCCUCUACAAAAACGCUACUUUAUUUUCAUUUGCUGGAUACACUGUCGUUUUAUCCGUCACAAAAGAAUCUAUACAACUUCAAAUAUUUCACCCUAAGCCAGGUUGUAUUUUGGAAAGGGAUAAAACUCAACUAAUUCAAGAAAGGGUAGAAAAUAUAUUAAAGGAUUUUGCAGGAAAAUUUCACAGAAAGCUGUUGUUUGCAAGAGGCUUUAGGUGUCGGUUGGACGAUACACAACUACUUGCCAUGGAUAUCAAAGGCCAUUUCCUUUCAGAGGAAGAUAUUCCAAAAGAUGAUCAAGAAAUGAUUUGUCCUUUGCAUUCAAUCAUUGAUCAGCAUUUCAUCAAUACAAAAGAGCUGACGAGAUAUUGGAAAAUGUAGAUGAUCGCAAAAUAAUAACAUUAAAAACAUCUCCUCUAUACCAAUUCUUGGACGGAAUGAGUGUCUCGUGUAUUCUCCAAACUUUAUAAUAGCACGUAUAUAUUUCCUAUUUUUUUAAAAUCAAUUUUGGACAAGUUGCUAUAAAGUUUUCAAUAUAACUACAUGAGUAAUCUCAAAGAGUUU